CCAUGUUUAUCAUAUCUGUAUCUCAAAUGAAUAAAUCCGUAAUGCAGUUCAUAGCACUUUCUAAAUUCACUUUUAUUUUAUUUGGAUCGUAUAAUUCUUAUUGUAAUCUCUUGCGAUCGAACGUAAUUUCAAAAUUUACCACGAAGCGACAGUAUUCCAUAUAAUUUAAAGCAAUAAUUGCUUGACUAUUUUCUGUAAGUGAUAAAAUAGCAACGCUGCAUGUUCGGUGGGAGAUCUUUAAAACUUUGAGCUAACAGCUUUGGUAGGGGAUUACCACCACCAUCGGAAUGUACCGUGCUGCGUGCUAAACUCAUACAAAGUUAAAUGCACGUGGUUCACCGCGUGGAAACAAGUUCUACACAUGCGCAGUAAGUGCUUUUGGAGGGGCAAAGCCCUCCGUUCAGUAAAUGGAUGCUAAGAAUGGAAACAUUACUUUAUAGUUGUCAGUCGUUGCGUUGGUGCCAAUUUAAAUAUUUUUUUUAUACUGUCAUGUGAACACGGAAGUAAAUUUCUAUUGAAUGUCGCAGUAAAUGGCCUAAAUGACUCUAGUACGUGCAAACAAUUGAUGUACACAAUGCAGUUCUAUUCAAACAUAAUACAGUAGUGAUUUGGAGUUGUGUGAUUUAAACAAAUGAAUGUCAACAAGACUAACUGUGAGAUAGAACAUAUAUUAAUUGAAAAUUUCCAUAAUUUAUACUGUAAUUUUAAUGCAUUGCUGUAAUUAGAAGAUCUUGACUAAAAGUGAUAGUAUUACACAUUACAAAAACCACAUUUAUUAUACACAAAGUGGAAAGAAUUGUAAUGUUUAGCGACAUUGAUUGAAUCAUUAUAGUGGUUUACUUGCAAUGUGUUUUAUUACUGGAAGUAUUACACCACUUUAUGAUACAAAAUAUAAGAAAAAGGAAAGAUAAAAAAGAAGAAGUAUGUUUUACAACAAAAUCUAAUUAACAGUAUACAUUGUCGAAUUAAGAAGUUCUAUUUUAGUUCUAUGUACACCAAAGAAUUAUUGCCAAUUUUGUUCCGUUACCCUGUCUCAUGAUAUUUUAAACUAAAGUGGAUCAUGCAGAUGUUACGUAAUCUAUCAGCCUAAAGUAAACUAUAAGUUUUCCAAAAUUAUCAAAGCAAUUGCCAAAGACAAACAGAUUGAGUCUCCAUGUAAAUAAAAAUUUGUACAUAUGGGUUUCACAAAAAUAUUUAAACGCAUGCUGUAUGCAAAUUUUGCGUCAUGCAGCACCAAAGCAAUAGGGAUAUUAGCACCAUUGACAAUUCCACCGUUACAUAUUACAUUUUUGUAUUACUUUUGGCAAGAAUAUGCUCGGGAUGUGGACAAACAAUAUUGUUCUUGUUCAUGUUGGGACACAGUGUUCAAAGGAUCAUACGAAUCUGGGAUCGCUUCUUAUAAACAUAUGUAUUUUAAUGCAACAUCGAAUAGUCUAAAAAUAUGGAUGACCGUUGUAAUUGGAGUAAUUACUUUUUAUGAAGUAGUAAAACACUUAACAUGGCUAGCAUUUCAAAACCGCCUUAGACUUUGUAUGAUGAUUCUCUUCUCAACUGCUAUUUUCUCACAUUAUUAUACUUGGUGGGUUUACAUGAAUUACUGGAACGAUGAAUUUUAUUCCCAAUGGUACCAUCAGCUGUUCUUUUCUAUUACUGAGUUGAUAUCCACUUUGUUGGUCAUUCAUCUGGCAGAUAGUAAAAAUCCGGUAACUCAUAGAAAGGCAUUUGGUAUAGCUGCAAUAGCUAUUUUACAUAUUGUAGCAGGUGGUUGGGAUCAAUUUGUUGCUAAUGUUGUUAGAGGAGAGGGUUAUGCACAUCAGGUGGUUCGCGAUCUUGGGUUUAUGAUCCCAGACAUUCUACAUGUUGUUAUACCAUUAUGGGCAAUUAAAUGGAAACACAUAUAUAAUCUUCCUGGUUCAACCAAACGAGAUCCAAGUAUCAGAAGAGAUUUAGCUUAUAUGUUAGGAAUGAUAUGCAUAGGAUUAUGCAUCUGUGCCAUAUUGUAAUUUAACAAUUACAAUGCCUAAAAAAUAGUGUCUUAAAGAUAAAGAACCCUUUGAUUUGACUUAUUUUCAUAUACAAAUUUGCGAAAGAUUUAUAAUAUUUUUCAUGACACCUGUACUUAUACUACAAACGGACUUAAGUAACUAUGUUUAGUAAGUUUUGUUACAAAAUGACUCCCAUUGCCAAUUAAUUACUUAAUUUUGUAGAAACAGAGCUUUUUUAUUUUCUUUUGCAAUAGGUUGUAUAGUAUUAUUAAAAAUGAUAUAUUUUAUUUAUCUACUGGUACCAUUUUAGUAGUAGUAUUAGUUUAAAAUGCCUGUAGAGUACAAUUUAUUUAUUGUGAAGGAUUUGCUUUUUUCAAGUUGCUUAUUCCUUUUUUUUUAGAGUAACUUCACUUGCCUAUUACAGGAAAUGUACAUUAUUACUAAGCAAAAAAGUGUAGGAAUUACAAUCAAAAGUUUACAUUUUUUAAAUAUCAAAAUAAACAUUACUCUUAUUGUUAUUUGUUUUAAUUGAUGAAAUAAUAUUUAUAAAAUAUUAAAGUAUAACGAAUGCCAUUGCAGUAGCUAAACAAAUAUUUGGUAUAAAUAUAUUGAAUGAUGUAUUACUUAUGUGUGUAUGUGUGUGUGUGGCUGUGUUUGCGAGUGAGCAAAAUUAGUUCUAAAACAAUUAAUAAAACAUAAUAAGUUAUCUAUUUUGUAACAACGAAUGUGUUCUCACUUUAAAGAAGUACUUAUAACAAUUAUGGAAGCUUAUUUAAAUGCAAGCUGAGAGCUAAAAUCAUUUUUCCACUUUCAAAAUAUUUAUCAAUAUAUUUUUGUAAGUGUUAUUAACAUCACAGGUGAAUGCAAAGCAUUGCUAUUAUAUCUUUAUAGUGUUUAAUGCAUUUGUUUUAAUUGCAAAGUACUGUAAAAUGCGAGGUAUAUGUAAAACUAUACAAAGUAUACAACAAAAUACAUAUCGUAUACAAUAUUUAAUGAUCAUUGAAAAGUAAUUAGGAAUAAUGAUGCGAACAUAUGAAAUGAAUUAUUAAUCAUCGAAAACAAAUUGUUGUUGUCAAUGAACAUAAGGCUACAACAAAGUGCCUAUAUGCAAGUGAAUUAUUUUGAGCAAUAUCAUUGCAUUAAAUAUAAUAUAUAAAUUGAUUCUAAACACGAUGAUAGUUACCAUUUAAGGGUUCAAAAAUUAAAAAUAGAGCUUUAAUUUAUCUAACAAGAAAAUAAUUGUAAGAAAAAUUUUUAUUUAAAAUAUAUAUACAGUUUUCUUUUCUCUUUUUCCCAACAGUAUUCUUAAAGUUUUAGAUAAAGUUUCUUUUCAACAUUUUAUAGUUGAUUUCUUUCCAUGAAAUUAAAGAGUAUUAAAUUAAUCCUUUGUCAAAAGUAUUGUACAAUAAUUACCUAUCAGUAUUUACCUUUACUCAUAUCAUAGCAUAUCAAAAAUUUGUGAUCACAUAAUACAAUUGUUGAUAAUACAAUGUAAUUGAGGAAUAAUCAUACUUGUUGCCAAUUUGUUAUACUAUUUUAAACAACUUUGUACAUCCAUCGAAAAAAGUCUUGUUUGUUUAAUAUUUUUAUAAUUUUUAAUCAAGAAUAAGUUUGUGAACAUGUAUCAUAUGUGGACAUGAAAU